CGGCCAGCACGCGCGCUGAUCAGUGCAGCUCCACCAGAGGUGGGCUUCGUGUGUCUCCAAAUUGUCCGCUCUGUUUCAACGCACUAAAGGGCGCUUGUGGUGACAGUGACAUUCGUUUCGCCGACUGACAGUCGGAAUUUUGCACGCGUCCGACUCGACCUUCGUCUCCCUUCGCGCCGCUUCCACUCCUCCAUCCAGGUGGUUCCUCUCCCCACCUGAAGAUCGCGCACCUGAGGAAGGCCGCUGAUGCGUAUUUUUCGCAACCGUCCGGACCAAUUUUCGACCCAAACUGGAUUCCGAUUAUGAGGUAAAAACCGUCUCUCGGCAUGCUAAAACAUAUAUCGCAUAGAGUAAAAAUCGGCACGCGAGGAACUUCGUCCGGCCUUCGGCAACUUUUUGGUAUGUGGGAGUCACUAGAAGAGAGUAUGGAGCUGAACGGCUCGGAAGUGGACUGCGACUGUCCCGGGCCUCCUCCGGAGUUCCGCCUGCCACCUCCACCUCGGCCUCCGUUCCUCCAGGAGCCCCACUGCUCAGAAAACUCGCUCUCUGAGUUUGAGGUCUGCGAUGCUGUUCCUGUGAUUGAUGCCGAGCUCCAAAGCAACCCAAGCCUGCCCCCGGUGGUGGUGAUUGUCGUCUGCUCCAUCGUCCUCCUAGUCAUGCUCCUCUUUGUCUCAAUCCUCGUCUGGAAACACAAGAGAAAGAUGCAGAACUUCCUGCCGUGCAAAAACUCUCCGCAGAACCAUUGUGAUGUUUCCGGGGCCAACGCCGUCAUUUACGAGGACCUGACGAGCACCCACCUGCGGGCCAACCACCUGCCGACCGUGGCGCCACCAUCCAUGGAGAUGAUGGACGUGAAGCACCGCUCAGCUGCUCCGUUGCCGGUGCUGCAGCACUACGGUGCAGGCUACCCGCCACAUCUGCUUGGCAACGCGUCCGUCUUCAUCUGUCCACCGCCUCGGAUCGACCCCUACGCUGAACAGGAGCUCUACAACCCCGUCUAUGAAGAGCUCUCAAAUGGCUCCGAGUGCAGAGGCUCCGACAGUGAUCAGGGCGAGCACGGACGGGUGCGCACGGGCAGUGAGGACGAGUUCGCUGAGGACGAGCUAAGCCUGGCCGGCGACCUGGCUCACCGCGUAGUGGGCCCGACGCCACCACCGGCCAACACGCUGCCUUCGCGUCUACGCUCCAAGAACAGCUCGGUGGCCGGCUCGACCGGCAACGACCUGUGCCGGGACCUGGACUCGUCGGACGCGGACGACCGCUUCAAGACGUGCGAGACGGACUCGUUUCUGGCUCUGCGGAUGGCCAACAGCCGCAAUACGAGCCUGCCGCCGUGCCGGCGGACGCAGGCGGCCGUGCGCAGGCCGAAGAGUCUGGACAGGCGACGCCACCGCGGCAGUCCACGCAACCGCGGAAGGCCGGCGUCGCCGCCGCCGAAGCCGCAGCCGCCGGCCGGCAUGGAGCCGGCCGCCUUCCACACCGGCCUGCUGCUGACCGAGAACGGCCGGCUGCCGUCUGCCCCACCGCCCGCCUACCACCUGCCCUACAACUCGCUCUACGUCCGCUCGAGCAACCCCUACGAGUCGGUGCUGGCCAGGCCGCCGGAGCUGACCUCCUUCCGGCCGCCGCUGCCGCCGCAGAACCCGCCCAAGAACAGCAGCAGUCAGGACUCGUUCAACUCGGACUCGGGCUUCAGCAAUCACACGACUUCGGGCGGACGGGCCCCCUCGUCCGGCGGCGCCAGUUCAAACCGCGGCCGGCCAGGCGAGCUCUACGACCUGAGGCACCCUUUGCCGCCGUUGCUGUCGUAGUAUUCGCUGCAUUCCAAGUGUGAAGACGUUCGUGUUUAGUGGGCCGGUCGGAACUGCUGCUCAAACGAACCGUCGUGUACCUCUUUAGUUCUCGACCAGAGCACUGCUUUUGCGUCGAGGCACUUUUUCGGAAGCGUUUCGACCGCCCCUGCUCCGUAAGACUGUUCAGUGUGUAGUGCGAAUUUAGCGAAUCAGCCCGAGAGAAGCAAUCACUCGCCUGCUCCUUUUAGAGAGUCGACGUGGGUAAUUUGGGCUUGAGGAAUCCGGAAGAGGUUUUUUUCGUUCAAACAUUUUUUGUAUAACUCCGAGGUAAAUUAUGCAAGUGUUUCAAUAAAGAUAUAUCCUCAAGCCUUCACAAAUUAGCAAACAAGUGAGAGGAACUCUUUUAAUACGUUUAGUGACAGCAGCUAUAUUGACGAGUAGAAAAGUCGCUUAGAUUCUUGCAAAUCCGUAGCUUUCGUGUCUCUUAAACCAGGGUAUUUGAUUUUAAACUCUUGAAUAUCAACUGUCGUCAGUGAGAGGAGCUGUUUCAGUUUAGACGAGACGUUGUAAUUAUAUUCACCGCGUUGACUCCGAUGUGUAGGAGUGCAUUAUCCCGCAAAAUUCUAAAAAUUCAACCCCCACAUAUCAUCGCCGGCACUAUUCCCCCCCAAACCCUCACUUUUCCACGGAAAUUCACACCUAUAAUCAAAAUUUGGCAUGAGCUUAUACAAUUUCGUUCAUAUCAUCGGACGUGAGCCCCUCCAAUAGCAGAGCAGUGGAGAAAUCAAUCAAUCAGAGUUCAUUUCCAAGUAGAAAUGUGUUAGUGUCACGCGCGCAUUGUCAGCUGUCUGUCUCACUUCUAAGGGUUGAUCUGUGAUCUCGAGUGAAUGACACACCCUCGUCCGGAAAGCCUCGCGAGAAUAGUGAAAAAGGACACUCACGGGCCGACGAGCCUCGCUUUCCUUUGUACAGCAACAUUUUUACUAGUCUAAUAUACUAUAUUAUUAUAUGCGACACACAAGAUUGGAAAACGAGCGAGAAUUGCGAGAAACAAAAUACAUACUUUUAUGAGAACGCAGCAAGCAGCUUGGCGAGUAAUCUCUGGAAUUUGUUGUAUUUUGAUCGAUGGCCGCGAUACUCUAUUAUUUGGUUUAAACGACGAAGUGGUGAAUUCUCUCUAUAGGUGAAGACUAAUAAGUUAUUGUGUCUCGCAGAUUUAUUGGUGAGAAGAUUGAUAAUGUAUUAUUAUAAUUAAUAUGCCCUGUGCACACACCGCAAUUAUUGUUUGUCGAUCGAUGCAAAAUUUCGCAAAUAAAAAUUCCACAGAAAAUCUAAAAA